CGUUGACACGAGCAACAAAUCGAGACGCAAAAGACAACUGCCGGUUUGACUCUCCUCAUUUUCGGAACGAAAAUCGCCCAGUCAUUCUCCGGUGGUGGCGCCGCCGCCGGGAAAACUGCUCCUACAGUACAGAAAUGGCGGGAACCACCGUGGUUGUGUUCGAUUUCGAUCACACAAUGAUCGAAGACAACAGCGACACCUGGGUAGUGGAGCAAAUGGGCCUAACCCCUCUGUUCAAUCAGCUUCGCCGUACAUUACCUUGGACCUCUCUCAUGGACAGGAUGAUGGAGGAGCUCCACGCAAGAGGGAAAACAAUUGAGGAAAUCACGGAGUGUUUGAGGCGGGUUCCUAUGAAUCCCAGUGUAAUUUCAGCCAUCAGAAAAGCCCAUUCUCUGCCUAGGUGUGAAUUAAGAAUAAUCGGCGUAGCAAAUCAGUUCUUUAUUGAGACAAUCUUGAAAAUUUGGGUUGUUUGAUUGUUUCACGGAGAUAGUUACAAACCCUAGCAUUAUUGAAGGAGGCAGGCUGAGGAUAUUCCCCUACCAUUCCUCUCCUCAUGGUUGCAGUUUAUGCCCUCCCAAUUUGUGUAAGGGUCUCGUGAUAUAGCAGAUCCAAGCUUCUAUUUCUGAGAAAGGGAAGAUAAGAAUGGUCUACCUUGGAGAUGGAAGAGGUGAUAUCUGCCCAAGUCUGAAGCUUGGAGAGGGCGACCAUGUGAUGCCGAGAAAG